AUGAGCUCCUCGCUUUACCAGGUGUUAAUUUUUUUCUUCUUUUAUACUGCCGCUCGUGCUCCUUACAGAGAAGGUGAUAUUAUGUUAGGCGGACUUUUCAAUGUACACCAGCAGCCAGAAAAUCCAGGGAGCCAAUGUGGUGAGAUAAAUUUAAGAGGACUUGGUCGCACGCAGGCCAUGAUCUUUGCCAUCGAACGAAUAAACAAUAGCACAAGUCUUCUUUCAAACUUUUCCCUGGGGUAUGACAUAAGGGACUAUUGCGAAAACGUCUCAAAAGCUGCAGAACUCGUUUACAAACUUCUAACCGUCGAUUCUUGCGUCAAGUUCAAACAAAAUAACACCGGAAAGAAUGCAAUUAUUUCCUUGGUAGGCCCAGAUGAAUCUCGCACAGCAAUGGUCAUCGGUGGAUUUCUCCAGAUGCUCAAUUUUUCGAGCAUAAGCGGAACAACAACUAGUGCUGAACUUAGUUCACCUACCUAUAACCAUUUACAUCGAACAGCGCCUUCGGAUACUUUUCUUGCAACUGCGAUGGUUGACUUGGUUACACAUUUCAACUGGAGCUAUAUUGCCAUCGUUGGACUAGAUGAUUCGUAUGGACGAAAUGGAGUAUGGGCAGUGGUUAGCGAAAGUACGUCAAGAAAAGAUUCGUUCUGUAUUGCUCUGACGGAAUUUAUACGGCCAGAAAGUCUGAAUCUCAGUAGUUUCAAUAUAGUUAAAAAGCUAAAACAGAUGCAAAAUAUCAAAGUUGUGAUCUUAUGGUUAUACGAGUAUUUCCAAAGGAACUUUUUCGCAGAGGUACAUAGGCAAAACCUAACUGGACGUGUAUGGAUUUUAAGUGCAGAUUUUUUCCGAUACAAAUAUCAAAGAAAGGAUAUCCUCGAGAGUUCCAUAGCGUUUCAACACCACAAUUUUGGCAACUUUGGAUUCAAAGAACAUUUAAAGGAUAUUUUGGUCAAGAAGCGCAACAACAAAAGUUUUUCUGAGUGGAGCGAUGGUGCCAACGAAAUAUGGCAUACUUUGGCGAGCAAGAAGUGCGUUAACGGCCAAAUUGAACAGUGCUCAGAAGACUUGAUUGAAGAAAUCUAUAGCUCCUAUAUUCCAUAUACAAUCGACGCUGUAUAUGCCCUGGCUCAUGCAAUAAAUAUAUCAACUCGUGACUUUAGCAGGAACAAUUUUAACACCAAUCCCGAUAAAUCGCCUGCAGUGAAUGAUUUUGACUUGCAGAAGCUCCUUCGAAGAGUCAAUUUUGAUGGACUAACAGGGAAAAUCAAAUUCGAUCGAUUUGGUGACAGAGGCUCAGCGCAUUAUGACAUUGUCAUCUUUAAAGACGUACACAAGGAAAAUGUGAAAAGCUUUAAAAAGGUACUGGUAGGAGAAUGGGAAAGCUCUAUUGAAAAUAAAACGGCGUUGAUUUUUCACGAAGACCUGCAUUGGAACACUCCAUCUGGUCGCCCUCCAAUAUCUGAAUGUUCGGAACUGUGUCCUCCCGGAACAAGGCAAUCUGCUACGUCACCUUGUUGUUGGCAGUGCUUUCCGUGUCUUGGUGGAACCAUCAGUCCAUCCGCUGGUUCUAAAACUUGCACAGAAUGCCCCAAUGGAACAAUGUCGAACCAGGCUAAAACAGAGUGCGUCGCUUUACCUUCCGCCAACAUAAAUUAUGAUACUGCAAGUGGAAUUUUAAUUCUUGCGUUUGCCGCGCUCGGUGUAGUCGUUACAAUACUUUGUCUUUUUGCCCUAUCGAGAUUCUGGAAUAGCCCCAUCAUCAAGGCUUCCAAUCGAGAACUAAGUCUUGUUCUUUUACUAACAAUUCUGUCAUUGUUAUCUCUGGCAGUCAUUAAUGUCUUUAAAACCACAGAUGCAAUUUGUAAAGUCAUUUACCCUCUACGUUACGUGACCUAUAGCCUCUGUCUCUCUGUGGUAUUGGUUAAGGUGUUGCUUAUUUCCAGUGCUUUCCAGACUCCCAUCGUGGACAGUUUGAUAAUCAAUUCUCUUCCCAAAAAAGCACAAGUUGCGAUUGUUAUAGCUUUCCUAGUCCCAUUAUUGGCUGUGUUGCUACCAUGGUUGCUUCUGGAUCCACCCUACAACAUGCAACAUAUCAAUCCGAAACGUUACACCUUUAACGAGUGCAAGGCAUACUCCAGUUUAGUUGGUAAGUCUCUAUUUUUGACAACAUGUCUUUAUGUCCUCGUCCAAAUGCUUCUGUCUUCGUUCUGCGCCUUAAAGGUUAGGAAAUUUCCUGAAAAUUUUAGCGAGGCAAAACGAAUCGCUUUUUCGAUGUACAUAUUCUUUGUCUCUUUCCUAUCUUAUCACCCAGUAGAGUUUUCGAUUGAUGGAUGGUAUGUAACUGUUGUGGAUUGUGUAACAACACUAUUGAGUGCGUAUGGUUUCCUUUGUUGCAUAUUUUUGCCCAAAAUAGGCAUUCUACUUUUCAGGCCAGAGGUGAAUGAUUUGAGUCAUUUAAGAGCAGAAGUCACCCAGUUUUCGUUUGGAUCAAGCGGCGUGCGCGUUAACUCUGGAUAG